GAAAUAGAAUGACAAUCCUUCAGACUGUCAAUAAAAAUCUGGCUCCUAGACAAACAACAAAAACAAUGUCCGGUGUUUGAUAUAUAUGCCAAUUGGGCAAAGUCAGGGUCGGCCGAAAGUGGGGGUACACAGUAUGUGUUGUGAAUUUCGAGUGUAAAGUAGUGCGAAGAUUCUUGAAGUGUCAGUGGUAAAGAUUCGAGUAUACUGUUACAAAAAGAUUUAACAUUGAUAGAAUAUAUUAUAGAAAAUCAGACUGCAUCGUUAUUACCAGAGUUGAUGUGUUUUAAAUUUGAAACAGUAUUUAUGCGCCAAGCAUGGACGACCACUCGGGGUUCUCGUUGUACAUAGUGUCAAUCAUGGCGUCACUCGUUUUGUCAUCAUUACCUCGCAAGUUGACUUAAAAUUCUUUGUGAUACAGCAUGGUAUUCUCGGACUAAAGGGAUAAAUGGAUUCUCAUACUUCUUCUUCAUCGGUUUUGGAACCUGAACUCUACUUUCUCAUCGCUCGGUUCCUAUCAGCUGGACCAUGUCAACGCACAGCCAAGGUCCUGUUGGAAGAACUGGAGGAGUUCAAGCUUUUGCCAAGGAGAGUAGACUGGGAAGGUAACGAGCAUUUCAGGAGCUAUGAUAAUCUGGUGUAUUUGAACAGACAUAUUCGACCUGAUCACUUACUGAGAAUUGUGGAACGUGUGGGGACGCUGGUUGAUAAAGAAGUGAAAUCAAGUGUGCCUGGAGUUAAGUCUCUGUUAGGUGCUGGAACUUUGUCUAUUCUGCGGACGGCAGAAGAUCUCAAGCACACCAAGUGGGUUCCUGCUCAUCAUGCUAUCAGACACCAUGGAGCUCCUCUGUACCCUCCCGCCAAUCUUGCUGCCCCUCCUGUUCCUCAUGUGCUGCAAGCUUAUCAGAUGUCCGGAGCACUCAGACAACACAGUGCAUUGCCCACAAGUGUGUACAGCAAAAUCAGUAUGUAUGGCAGAAAAUUGGGCCACCUUUCUGCUGUAUACUGUGUGCUCUUUGACAGAACUGGGAACUUCAUUUUUACGGGAGCUGAUGAUGCACUGGUCAAGAUCUGGAGUGUAUUUGACAUGCGCCUGCUUGCCACUUUGCGGGGUCACUCAGCAGAAAUCACUGACAUGGCGGUGUCAUUUGAAAACACUCAUCUGGCCAGUGGAAGCUGUGAUAAAGUUGUCCGUGUCUGGUGUCUGCGCUCUAAAGCACCGGCUGCUGUCCUACAGGGACAUUCCAGCAUGAUCACAUCUGUCCAGUUUUGUCCAAAGAUUCAAGGUGACCAGCGGUACUUAGUGUCCACGGGAAAUGAUGGUUGUGUGUGCUUCUGGCACUACAACAUUUCCAGCAAUGAGUUCAGUCCAAAACCAAUCAAGUUCAUUGAGAAAUCCCGAGCUGGAGCCCAGAUGCUGUGUUCCUCCUUUUCCCCUGGUGGGGCGUUCUUGGCCACUGGCAACUCUGACCAUGUGGUUCGGGUGUACUUUCUGCAUGCUGCAGGACCGGAGAAGAUAUGUGAACUGGAGGCUCACACGGAUAAAGUGGACAGUAUCUGCUACAGCAAUCACUUGAACCGAUUUGUCAGUGGCAGCAACGAUGGCACCGCCAGAAUUUGGCGAUUACAGAAACAUGAAUGGCGGGCAACUGUGCUGAAUAUGGCAGCCACACUUCAGAGCCCUUCAAGCCGCUCUUCUGUGCCAAGGUUUGGUUGUGGCAUGGAUCAGAUGCGAGUGACAAUGGUCAGCUGGAGCAUGGAUGAUGCUAGAGUGAUAACAGCUGCCUCUGAUCUUACCAUCAAGAUUUGGAACUCACACACGGGGACCUUGCUACAAGUGCUGGAAGGUCAUGAAGAUGAGGUUUAUGUUUUGGAAGCCUGCCCGUCAGAUUCUCGCAUCCUCCUCAGUGCAGGCCAUGAUGGAAAGAUGAUUGUUUGGGACAUUGAAACGGGCACCAAGAUUAAAAAGUUUUUCAACUUGAUUGAAGGCCAAGGCCACGGAGCAGUGUUUGAUUGUAAGUUCUCUCCUGAUGGUCAUUCCCUGGCUGCCACAGAUUCUCAUGGCCAUAUGCUGUUGCUUGGAUUUGGCACAAAUGAAAGGUGUAAAAAGUUGCCACAGCAGCUGUUUUUCCACACAGACUACCGUCCGCUGAUGCGAGAUGCCAACAACUAUGUACUGGACGAGCAGACGCAGCAGCCUCCGCACUUGAUGCCCCCGCCCUUCUUGGUGGACAUAGACGGGAACCCAUACCCAGCCUCCAUUCAGCGCAGUGUCCCCGGCCGUGAGAACUGCACAGAGUCCAGUCUUAUCCCCCAGAUGGCUGUCAAUGCUCAAGGUGAAUCAGAAGUGAUAGGAGACCGGGACAAUGGAGACGGCCAUGGGGAUGAUCAGGGAGACAGUUCAGGGACCGAAGAUGAGUCAGCUGAUGGGGCUGGAGAUGCAAGGCCGGCUUCUGUGAGUGGCUCUAGGGGUGGCAACAGGCCGGUGCGACCCAGCAUCGAUGUCAUGAUACAGGAGUUGCAGCGAAGACAAGACCGGGGUCUGGGAGGAGAGCAGCCUGGGCCCAGCAGGCAGAGGAACGGCAGCGGCAGUAGCCAGGGCCCUCUGGUGAAUGGAGAGGCCAGGUCGCCCCCACCCAUGGCCUCACCUCCGGCACCCAGGAGCAGCAACAUGCAAAACCGCAUCGGGAUGAGGCGCAGCGGAGAGAUUGAAGGGGUGCGGCAAUCUCUUGGGCCUGUUGCAGUCAGAUCUACCAAGAAAGAGAGAGAUGCUUGGAGGAGGAGGGUCACUGUGAAACCAUUGGAUGACACAGCCUUACAGUUGUCAGAACAGAAAAGACAAGCAUAUUCAGAAGAAGAAGUGAAAAGGUUUCUCUUGGAAAGAAAGAAAAAUAUCCCUUCACCUUUUGAGAAAACCACGUCUGCUACUGCCAAUAAAGGCAGACGUCAGAACAAGAAGAAAUCUGCUCUCGGAUUUCACAGUGAGGGAGAGGUGGCGGAUAAUGAGGAGACGGCUAGAAACAGACUCACCACCAGGGCUCUCUAUGACACAGAAGAGGAGGAGGAUGAAGGAGGAGGCUCAGAUUUAGACGUGUGGGCAAGUGACAGUAAUAGCAGUGAUGACUACUCGGACUGGGUGGGAGAUCAAGGCAGCAGCAACUUGGAGCCGCCGAAACGGCGGUCAAAACGCAAGGUGAAACGUCGACGUUUGUCAUCAUCUGAUGACGGGGACAUCCCAGAGGAAGCCGAUGAGGACACAGAGGUGCAGGAUUCUAGUUCAGAUGAUGACGACGAUGAGGAUGGAAGCAGCGAUGAGGAAAUGGCUGACAGCUCCAGCGAGAAACCUGGCACAUCAAUAGGAAGGAGAGAUCUCAGGCAGAAAACUGUCAAGAAGAAGACGGCAAGCAAACAAAAACAGAAGGCUUCAAAAACCAAGACAAGAAAGCCUGACCUAGCGGCAAACAUUCCACCAAUCAAAGAGCUGGAUGAGAGAAUGCGACCUCCUGAGUGGAUUACAACUGUCAUUCCCCGCAAAGCACCAUUUGUCCCGCAAAUGGGGGAUGAGGUGAUCUACUUUCGGCAAGGUCAUGAACAGUAUCUUCAAGCUGUGGUCAGGAAGGAUGUGUACCCUGUAGACCUGACUCGCAACCAGCCAUGGCAUAAGAUUCCCCAGCUGAGGGCCCAGGAACUUGUAAAGAUUGUGGGCAUCAAGUGGCUGUUGAAGCCAACACGCCUCUGCUGCCUGAAGCUGGGCUUCAUUGACACUAACACAGGCAAGCUGACUGGCAAGAGCUUCACCAUUAAGUACCAUGAUAUGCCGGAUGUUAUUGACUUUCUGGUCCUGAAGCAACACUAUGACAUAUCAGUGGAACGUGGCUGGAAGCCAGGUACGAAGUUUCGAUCGAUGAUUGAUGACCAGUGGUGGAUAGGCGUCAUCCGAUCACAAGAGCCUCUGGAUCUGGACUUCCCAGACAGUCUGUACCAGUGCUUCAAUGUGCACUGGGACAACGGCGAAUAUGAGAAGCUAAGCCCCUGGGACAUGGAGCCUGUUGAUCAGAAACGAAAGCCGAGUCAAGUUGGAGGUGGAGUGGAUGUGACUCCAGAGGAGUACAAACAGCUGCUCUACGUGCCCAAGAAGACAGAAUGGACCUCACUUGGCCGAGAGGCGGAGUCGGCUCGCCUCAUCACCGGCAUGGAGAUGCUGAUGCAGCAUUCAUUUGCCGAACCUUUCAUAGCGCCCGUGGAUCUACAGCAGUUUCCUACCUAUGCCUGCUUUGUGCCAUACCCAAUGGAUCUCAAUACAAUUAAGGCUCGGCUAGAGAAUGGUUUCUACAGGAGAGUGACAGCCUUGCAGUGGGACAUUCGACUCAUCUUUGCCAAUGCCAGCAUCUUCAACCAGUCAGGAAGCACCAUUGUGAAAAACGCCAAUGUUCUCACUGAAGCCUUGCUCAGGUUUAUAAAGGAUCACGGCUGUCAGGAUCCUAUGCCUCUCCUGAGUGAGUUGGCUCAUGGAGGCAUCAAGACUUGCUCCAGUGAAGAGGACAGCCAGCACAGCUCAGCAACUUCUCGGAAAAGGACACCAGACGGCCAAUGGAAGAAACGGAGAAAGUCGAAGUCCAAAGUUAAAGCCAACCCCGAUGCCUGGCUGGAGCAGAGCGAAUCUCUUUUGGCCAUGCUGUUUGACUGUGAGGACUCGGAACCUUUCCGAGUGCCUGUAGAUCCUGCUCAGUACCUUGACUAUGAAGACAUUGUGAGCAACCCCAUGGACCUUACCACGGUACACACAAAGCUGGCAACUGGUCACUAUGGCAACCCCGUGGACAUGAGCAAAGACAUGCGCCUCAUCUUUACCAACUCAAAGCUCUACAACACCAAUAAGAGGUCUAGGAUUUACUCCAUGACCCUACGGUUGUCAGCCCUGUUUGAGGACCAGAUCAGUCACAUCAUCUCAAGGUGGAAGUCAGCACUAAGGGCUUCGGGCAGAGUACAGAGACUUAACAGCCGCCACAGGUCCAAAUCGUCAGCUGCGCCUCCUCAGCCGUCUUCUGACUGGAACGUCCCUGUCGCGAGUGUGAUAGAUGCUAGUCAGCCGUCCUCAUCACAGGCUGGUAACCCAGAUCGGAGUAAAGCUCCACUCACCAAUGGUUUUGGAACAGGCUCUCUUAAGGCUGACAGUGGUGAUGACUCGGAUGCUACCAUUGUGGAAGAUAACAAGCACGUGAGCGAGGAAGACGACAGUGGGGGCACGGAGGUCUAUGAGGAGCGGCACAACGGCAGAGGGGGGAAAGGAUCAGCGGCUGCCAAAAGGGUGGAGUAUGGUGAGGAGGAGAGUGAAGACAGCGAUGGCGACUACGAGCCGUCAAAACAAUUCAAAAAGAAUCAUGGAUUGGAAGGUUCCCCGUCGAAAACAAAAGGCAAGUUUUUCAAGAGAGGAAAGGAGAAAUCUUCAAAACCUUUACCAGCUCGGGCUGCCAGCGGUCGGUUCCUCAAAUCCAACAUUUUUUACACCUCUGAUGGAAAUGAACAGGAUGAUGAUGAGGAUGUGCCAAACUUUGCCAUAAAGAAAGAAGCACUUUCUCGUCUACAGGACUCCGGAGAGAAAAACUCCAGUGAUGAGGACAGUGACACUCUUGCACGCCCACAGCCUACGAAAUCUUUAUCUAGAAAAUCCAUAUCUCGCUCAAAGGCUCCUCUCAAAAAGGGUAGCAAUGCUCAUCGAAGUAAAUCCAGUCGCUCUGAAGACAUUCCGUCCCACAGAAAAGCUAGAGGAGCACGAUCCAGGGACCACGCCAUUGACUCUGAGGAAGAGGAGGAAAAAGUGAGUCCUGCCAACAGCCUGAAGAGAUCAGCACGGUCUGCUCGCCUUCAGAGGAAAUAUUACAAUGAUGGAGACUCUGAGGAUCAAGACAGUGGGAAGGAUCAAGAUGUUGAGAUUGGUGAAGAGGAGGAGGAAGAUGGGGAGACGAACAAAGAGGAGUCUGAGGAGGAGUCAUCUUCCACUGUAAUCGAUGAGGAUUCAGAAGACGAACUUAUCACACAAAGCCUUCAGAAUGAGUCAUCAAAGCCUGAAAGCAAGACAUUCACAAAGAAAAAUCGUCGGCGGAUUAGGAAAAUAAGUCAUUCAGAAGAUUCUGACAGUGAUACUGCUGUACCAAGAAAACGUGUUAGAUUAAGAAGUGUUCCUAAAUCAAGUCCUAAGCAAAAUUUCGAUGUGAAAGCAUCGGAGACAAGCAAGAAAAAGGGCCCUCAAGGAAAAAAGAGAGGCCCUAAGGUUCAGACUCGCAACAGGGGUCGUCAGAGGGUAACAUAUCUUGAAGAUGACACGGACGAGGAGGACAGAGGAGAUGAGGGUGAGGACAGGAGUGACAAUAGCUCAGACAAAGAUUCGGAAUGUGACGAUGACAUGGAUGAUCACUCUCAAAAUGUGAGCAGCCGCGGCAGGGUCAGGAAACUGACUGCCAGAGCCAAAGCUUGUUUGAAAAACUCAUGAUUGUUGACUCUGCUGCCUGCUGCUUGGACAUUACUCUGUAUGAGAGAAUUUGUAACAAUUAUAGAUACUGCUUGGGUGUUUGUUGAGUAACUGGGGAGAAUCCUGUGAAAAUCCGUGAAAAAAUUCUUGUGAGUUAGAUCGUUUGCUUUCACAAAAACGUGUUUGGGAAAAUGUAUGAGAAUUAUGUAUACUGUAAGGCAAAUGGGCAUUCACAAACUUGUUGAUUUCUCCUAUUCUGCUCAGGCAUUGUGUGUGAGAAAAAUAUUGUCGAUCCUACUUGGGUAGAAAUAAAGCAUUUUACCAAGGUGAGAGUUGUGAA